AACACAGAGGCGGGACCAACGCCAUGGUGGUGGUGGCAGCACCAUGUCCUGGUACCGCAACGUCGUGUGGUUCGUGAAAGGGCUGCGGGAGUACACGAGGAGUGGCUACGAGACUGCCUCCAAGCACUUCGACCCAGCAGAUCUGGAGGUGGAUGUGGCUGGUAGAUCCUUUCUGAUCACUGGGUCCAACAGCGGCAUUGGCAAGGCUGCAGCCAAGGAGAUAGCACGGAGAGGUGGCACGGUUCACCUGGUUUGCCGCAAUAAGGAACGAGCUGAGGACGCCAAAGGAGAAAUAGUGACAGAAACUGGCAAUCAGAAUAUCUUCUUGCAUAUUGUGGAUAUUUCUAACCCCAAAGAAAUCUGGAAGUUUGCUGAAAAGUUCAAAAAUGAACAUAAAUUGAAUGUGUUGAUUAACAACGCAGGGUGUAUGGUGAACAACAGAGAGUUAACUGAAGAUGGACUUGAAAAAAACUUUGCAACAAACACCUUGGGUACAUAUGUUCUGACAACUGCCCUGCUGCCCCUCCUGGAAAAAGAAGCUGACGCCAGAGUGGUAACCGUCUCUUCUGGGGGCAUGCUAGUUCAAAAACUAAACAUAUCUGACUUGCAGUCAGGAAGCGAGACGUUUGAUGGAACUAUGGUGUAUGCUCAAAACAAGAGACAGCAAGUUGUCUUGACAGAACAAUGGGCAAAAACUCACAGAAGCAUCCAUUUCUCUGUUAUGCACCCAGGCUGGGCAGACACUCCAGCUGUGAGGUCGUCGAUGCCAGACUUCUAUCAGAAGAUGAAGAACAGCCUGCGCACAGAGGCGCAGGGAGCUGAUACAGUGGUGUGGUUGGCAGUAUCAUCUGAGGCAGCAAAGUUACCCAGCGGCCUCUUCUUCCAAGACAGGCAACCCGUCCCUACACACCUACCCUUAGCAAGAACCCACAGCCCACCAGGGGAUGAGGAGAAGCUAAUGGAGGUACUGGAAGAAUUCUCCCAGAAGUUUAAAUCCACUUCUCCAGGAUCCCCUCAGUGCCACUGAAGAUCAUGGAACAGAUCCUCCUGGAAGCUGUGCUAAGGAACAUGGAAGAGAAGGAGGUGAUAUGGGAUAACAAGCAUGGCUUCACCAGGGGCAGGUCCUGCCUGACCAACUCUGUUGCUUUUUAUGAUGGCGUAACUGUGUCAGUAGACAAGGAAAGAGCCACUGAUGUCAUCUAUCUGGACUUCAGUAAGGCCACAGUCCCCCAUAACAGCUUUCACUCCCAAUUGGAAAGACACAGAGUCCUCCAUUACAUUCUUCUCUCCAAAGUAGAAAGGUAUGGAUUUGAUGGGGGGAUAGUUCAACGGAUGAGGAACUGAGAUCGUACCCAGAGAGUGGUGAUCAGUGCCUCGAUGUCCAGAUGGAGAUCAGUGGCAAGUGGUAUCCCUCAGGGGUCGGUACUGGAACUGGUACUAUUUAACAUCUUCAUUAAUCAACAGUGGGAUCGAGUGCACCCUCAGCAAGUUUGCAGAUGAUGCCAAGCUGUAUGGUGCAGUUGAUACACCUGGGGAACAGGAUGCCAAUGAGAGAGACCUAGACUGGCUUGAGCAGUGGGCCCAGGACAACCUCGUGAGGUUCACUAAACCCAUACGCAUCUUGCACCUGGGUUGUGGUAACCUCUGCUAUCAGUGCAAACUGGGGGAUGUAAGGAUGGAGCACUGUUGCAAGGGACCUGAGGAUACAGGUGGAUGGGAAGCUGGACAUGAGCCAGCAGUGGGCCCUCACAGCCCAGAAAAUCAACCAUAUCCUGAACUGCAUCCAAAGUAGGAUGGCCAACAGGGCAAGGGAUGUGAUCCUGUCUCUCUGCUCUGUGCUGUGAGGCCUCACCUGGAGUACUGCGUCCAGAUGUGGAGUUCUCAGUGCAGGAGGGACAUGGACCUGUUGGAGUACAUCCACAGGAGGGCCACAAAAAUGAUCCAAGGGAUGGAACACCUCUCCUACGAGGACAGGCUGAGAGAGCUGGGGCUGUUUAGCCUGGAGAAGAGAAGGCUCCAGGAAGACCUGAGAGCAGCCUUUCAGUAUCUAAAGGGGGGCUGUAAGAAGGAAGGGAACGGACUCUUUAGUAGGGUCUGCUGUGACAAGACAAGGGGAAAUGGUUUCAAACUAAAAAAAAGGAGAUUUAAAUUGGACACAAGGAAGAGUUUUUUUAAAACCUUUUUACAGUUGUGAGGCACUGGAACAGGAUGCCCAGAGAGGUGGUGGAUGCCCCAUCCCUGGAGACAUUCAGGGUCAGGCUGGAUGAGGCUCUGAGCACCUGAUGGAGCUGUAGGUGUCCCUGUUUGCUGUGGGGGAGUUGGACCAGAUGGCCUUUAUGGGUCCCUUCCAACUCAAAAAAUCCUGUGAUUCUAUGAUCUUAGCAUCACUGCUGAUGCAGCAUAAUCACAAAGCUUUUAAUUACACACUAACAGUGCUGUAGUGUACCUGCAGUGGAGGAGAGGUCGGACGCUAUAGGCCUGUGAAAAAUAAAUUGUAUUCAGAUGUGCUCGUGGGGAAUGGUGGUGCCUGCAAAUUUGUUCUGUUCCUGAGCGUCUCACCCACUGUGAGUAUGCAUGUACUACCUCAAGACACAGUAGGGGUGUAGUCUUUGAAUUGGACAGAAAUCUGGGGGGAAAUAAAACCGAAGUGAUAGCUCCGAGCUUGUGAAGUUAACCAAAAUCUUCCGAAGGACUUAGCACAGUCAGAAAUGCAGAGGAGUGUACCUUCAGAAGUCUUUGGGAAAUAAAUGGUUAAAGUUUCAAAUGAUAUUUAAACACUGUAUUUGACAGGGUGGUUGCUUCCUUCAGCGUAUGAAGAUGACUGGGCUCAAAUGUGUUACUGGGAAUGCAGAAACUCUUGCAUCGCUUGCUUAGUUUAAGUGGAAGGAUUCUUCACAGCCUUCAGUUUCCAUAAAUCAGUGCAGAAAUGGUAUGCAGAAAUGAUCUGCUUCCUCAUGUUUAAACAGCAAGAAUUUAGGAACACUGCCAAAUGCUUUCCACAUUACUUUAUGGAGCCAGGACUGAAUAUUAUCCUGUUUAUGUCAAGACACUAUGAAGUAGGAGGCUUUAACACAUUCCACACCCAGACAUGGUUGGAUCCCUCCCCUUCAGGAAGCAGAGAAAUGGCUCCAUGACUCUAGGCAGGAAAACAAAUAGCAUACUAAGCCGUACGUGCUUGCUAUUUCUGUGAAAGACUGGGGCAUUGCUUUAUCAUUACGAAUGGAAUACGGAGGAAAAGGGAAAAUGGGGAGGCACAGGUUUUGGAGGAGAACUCCCAUUUCCUGAUAAGAGAGUUGUAUUAUGCCUGGAACUGUUUUAUUUGCAGACAGAGAGGGUGGAAUUUGUCUUACCUGAUCUGCAGAAUUACUUGUUGGAAUUCUCACUCUAAAUCAGUAGAGAGAAAACAGGCUCCUUCACAGUGAUUUAAUGGGUCUAGUUUCAGAAACCCUUACGUUUCUGCAUCUUUCUAAUUACUGUGAAGACAACCAGCUCAUACAAAGACAUUCAAGUGGGAUUAUCUUUAUCUUUUAUACUACAAGUGUACUGCAAAGCCAAGAUUGUUAACAGCCAUCGCGGUGACGGGUUUUUCUCCUGAGCCAACUGUGCUUGCUGGCAAACUGCAUCCAAAACCCCCAAAAUUAUACUACUGUUCCUACACAUCACUGUGGAUCAGUGUGGUACGUCAAAAGAACGAGAAAUAAAAAUAUCACAGGUGUUCUUUGGAGCUCUC